AAAAACGAAAAAACGCCUCAUUGAUCGCAUGACCUCUCACCUCUUUCCUUAUUAGUCUCACAUUCCCAAAUCAAGAAUCAUUUGAUUUCGUUCCUUUUACCGGUGCUUCUUUCCUAUUCGGACGAAGCUCCGGAAAAUGGACGGGUUCGGGUCGCAUCCAAGAACACUCGCCGUUGAUCAAUGGAUGGAUAUAGUUAAUGGUAAAGGUUACGGCGUUGGUGGAACAACCCAAGUCUACUCAACUCGACCCGACUCACCAAAGUUUCAACCGUCUAUUCCGCCUCCACCAGGGUCUACAUCGAAGACACGUACAACUGCUACUCCUUGGAGAUUAAUCGAUGCGGAAACGAAGAGAAAAAAAAGAAUCGCUACGUACAAGACUUACGCUUUGGAAGGAAAAGUCAAAUCCACGGUCAAGAAAGGGUUUCAUUGGAUCAAAGACAGGUAUUCUCAUAUUAUACACGGAUGAUUUAACUUUUUAUUUGAUUUUUCGUGUCUUGGGUUGUCACCGGCGAUAAUCUCCGGCGACAUAUUAUUUUUUUGUUGACGUAAAAGAGAUUUGUUAUAGGGAGUGUUUUGAUUUGAUUUUGAAAGCAAGAUGUCGUUGUAUGAGAGAAAAUAAAUUUAGUGUACAACGCGAUUCAGGUCAAACGCGGUCCAUGUUUGUGGCCCAAUUUAUUGCUUUUUUACAUCUUAAUGAAGCCCAAAUAACACCUAACUCUGGCCCAUUUAGUAAGUACGAAUAGAGAGAGUAUUAAACA